CAACGAUGUCUUUGUCUCUUCCUCCUCCUCCUCCGAGCUCUCAGGUUCCAUCCAGCUGCCACCCCGUCCCCUUUCGCACAUACCUUACAGUCAGUACAAUGGCUUACAUGCGCAGUCACUGCUGAGCAUUGCCGUUCUGUAAAUGCCAAGGCUGAAAGGAGCUCAACUGAGUGCUAGACCCUUCUCAAGGAGCUGCCCGAAGUUCAAAGGUGAUGGAGAACAACGCGAGCCCCCAUUUCAGCGAAGGCAGCGCGGGAUCCAGCAACACGGGCUGCGGCAGCUGGCGACGCUCUUGGGACGAGCGCAGCGGCUUCUCGGGGCAGCACGCGGGCAGCGGUUCUGAGAUUGACAGCAUUGAUGAAGACAAAGAAAUGGCAUGUAAAGCUGUAGCCUAUGUGAUUAGAAACACAAGGAAGGGAAUUGUCCCACUUUGUUCCAGUAUUGCUCAGCUUUUGAAGACAAACAGAAGGCUGGAACAAACUGUUCAGUCACAGCAGCAAGAAAUUCAACGGUUAAAAAGACUUUGUGAGAACUAUAGCAGACAAGCAUCACCUGGCACAGAGACAAAGUCUUUGGAUAACUCUCAAUUGGAGGCAGCAGCAGGCCUGCAAGCAAAUGUGCAGAUUGUGCAAGCCAUCUGUCACUCAGAGCCUAGCAGACCUCCUUUGCCAUCGAUAACAGAAGCACAAGUGUUUCCGGGAAACUGUGAGUCAGAAGUGCCACCUGAAUCCAACCUUAACAUGUCACCACACUCGGAGGAACAACAAGGUAUAUCAUCUAAGGUCAUGGUGUCCAGGGAAGUUCAAGUCAGCUGCCCCAGUCUGCCAGUUUCAAAGAAGUGUGAACAGCAAUUAAUGGAAACCUUGCUGCUGAACUCACGACUGACAGAAGAUCUGAGUAAAGCAUGGCAGCAGAUUGAUUUUCUAAGAUCCCGUCUCUGGCAGACAGAGGAUCAGUGUCGGCACCAUGUACAUGAGGCUUUGCAUCAAGGCAGUCAUGGAAACACAACAUUGCACAACUGUGAAUCAAGAUCUAUACACUGCAGUCCUGGCUCCCCGCAGCAUAAUCCAGCGUCUCCUCAUUGCAAGUCACAUUCUCCACAAUGCGAGGCUAGAUCUCCAUGCUGUGAAUCAAGAUCACCAGAUCCAGAACAUGACUCAGGUUCUACACAUUAUGAACCAAGAUCUCCAGGGCAUAACUCAGGGUGUCUUCAUUUUGAAAAAAAUAAUUCACAAGAUGAUUUGGUGUCUCCUUGUUGUGAUUCUCUUCAGUAUUUUCAUUGUAGACAAAGAUCUUCAUUACUUGACUUAGGAUCAUCUCUGUCCAAACAGCGAUACAGGCAAUACAGUGAGUCGUGUUUUCCUCAUUGCAAACAAAGAUCUCCAACAUACGAGUCCGGACCUUCUCAGUACAAGUCAAGACUGGCACCCUAUGACUCUGGAUUAAAUAAUUAUAAGCUACGAACAACGUGUAAGCAGUACCGAGAAACAGCAGGGAUUUGGCCAGUUCAGAACUGCAGUAGCAGGUCAGGCCUGAACAGAAACCAGACAGACAACUUAGAAAUGGAUAAAUUUCAAUUCUGUCAUCGUGUGUCUCACAAUGAAGAGGUACUUAAGGGAAAAAGCAGUGAUUUGCCAGCUGAAUCCAGUCUGGUCUCCUUUUUGUUUCCUUUUCCAAUGAUUGGUUGCCUUUGUUCAAGCUGCACCUCUUUCUUUGGCAGCCAGGACAACAGCAGAAACAACCAUGAAGAAUUAAAAACUCUAGAUAAUUAUCAAAGGCAGAAAUUACAAGUCAAACUGAAUGAUUACGUCAUUGUAAAUGGAAAUAAAUCUGGAACAGUUGUUUAUAUUGGCCAUUUGGAUAAUUCAGCAGUUCCUAAUGCUGUAUAUUUGGGCCUGGAGCUGGAUGAACCAAGUGGCAAACACGACGGAACACUAAAUGGAAAGAGGUACUUCAAAUGUUAUGAAAACUGUGGCCUGUUUGUUGGUCUUCAUGAGGUGUUUUAUGUCAUUAAUUCAACGCCUAGGCAGCCAGCCCCAUUCACCAGGCCACAUCAUGUACAACAAAGAGCAUCUCCGAUCAUCAAAGAGCAUCUCUCAGGCAGUGUGGGGGGCUCAAACUACAGCGUGGUGAUUAAGAAGAGGGGGAUUGGAGCUGCUGAGCAAAGUAAACGACUGCCAAGGAAAUUUAACAGGUGCCAUGACGAGAAGCUUCCUGCUUCUUCUCAAAGGGUUUGGAAAAGCAACAACCACUCAUCCUUGUGUGCGCCAAAUUGUCCUCCAGAUUUCACAAAGACCAGGCUUUACUCUAGAGAAAAAGGAGGUACUCGCUAAAAAACAGCAAAGUGGUGGACUGCUUAAUAUUCCUACUCUGGGAAAUGGUGAUGCCUAAAGGAGAAAGGCAAUAAUCAAGGAUGUCAGAAGAUGGCGAUCCUUGAUACCCAGCACCUGCCAUGUAGGUCGCAGCCGAGUAUUGAGGCCACUGUGUCUAAUGAAGUGAGGCAGCUACUUGUGAGAGUUCAAGCAAGAGCACGAGAGCGCUGCAAGGGUCUUAUUUAAAAUGUAUUUUUAAAAAUGAGUUUAAAAAGGUACUAGCAAAAAAAGUUCAUGUAAAAUAAAGUCUUUUUAAAAAGUGCACACAGCUUUCAGCGUCAAUGUUUAUUGUUGAGAGGUGCUGGAAAGAAGGCAAAGUGACAACUGCACUUGAAAUUUGACAAUACAAGCU